UGGAGAUUAGAGGGUCGGGGUUCUAGAAUGCUUUGGAUGGGCGUGUAUAUGAUUAUACACGCCGACUUGCUCUCCAGCUCUUAUUCAAUGCGAAGUUCAAGGGAGAAGGAGGGGGGGGGAGGAGGUGUCGUCGGAUGAUGAUGGGGUUGGUUUGGUCUUUCACAUGUCGCGUGUGUACUGCGCGCAAUACUAUUCAUGAUUUCCAAUGUCAAUUCAAAGCAGAAACACCAUCAUCUCAAUCACAGGUAAACAAUUCACCAAAAAAAAAGGCAAUAAUUAAUUCCGCCAUCCAUUCCGCCUCUAUUUUCGCAAUCCCAUCUUCGGAUCCCAUACUAUCCUCUAUCUUUCCCUUAGCACGUAACACGUUCCUAUCAUCGGAACCAAACAAUGCCCCCUCUCCCCCAAACACACAACGUGCCGACAGACCGACCGAACACCACACCACACCACGUAUGAAAAUUAAGGGACCCCUUGCCAUAGUUACCACUCCGCGCACGCUCGCUGGCUGGCUCCCUGCAGCGCGAGACCUGCCCGAUGGGGGAGUACGUCGCGCCUGGGCCCCUUGUCCUCAGUGUUUUGGAAUUUGUUGUUGCGUGGUGCGUGUAUAAUUGUGUGGGUGGACGUGCGCGCGCGCGCGCUAUGGGGUGAACUAAUGGUGGUUGUUAGUGGGCGGGCGAAAUGGCGUGGUUUUGUGCUGUUGUUUUGUUUUGCGAUGCCCUACGGUGGUGAGCUAUGGGACUUUUGCUUGUUAGUUGUUGUAAGGUUGUCGCAUGAGAUACUUGAGGUAGAAGAAUCACGUGCAUGGAGAUCAAAAACGAAGUGUAGACAUGAAGGAAAUGCCAU